AUGUGCAUGUUAUCUGCAUCAUUUAUUGAAUAUCAUUUGACAUAUUUAUUUUUAGAUGGAAACAGAGUCAUUAACCCAAGUGGUAAGAUUCAUGGAUCCCUCGAUAGAAAAACCCAGAUGGCAAUUGUGUGGCUAAAAGAUUUCACCAAUACCUAUGCAGCAGCAAUGCCAGAUAGUUCACAGUUACAUUUACCAUGUUGUCUUACAAAGACAUCUGUUUAUGAGCUAAUGAAAUUUGAUCUCACAGAUAUAGGGGAAACAUGUUUAUCGAUGUCUCAUUUUUUAUGCAUAUGGAGAAGAGAUCUCAGGCAUAUAGCUAUACCAAAGACAUCAAGGUUUUCGGAGUGCACAAUUUGCUCCUUAAUCAAAAAGUCCUUAUCAGAAACCAAAGACAAACAGGUUCGAUCUGGUCUAUUGGAACAACGGAACAAGCACCUUUGGCAACAGAGGUCCGAACGACAAAAGUACUACAAACACCAAAUGAAAUCAAAGAGAGAACCGAGCAAGUAUUUAUCUAUAAUAAUGGAUGCCAUGGAUCAAAACAAAACAAUGAUACCUCAUUUCAACAAACCACCAAAAUCAACUGAUGGGAUGUGGAAGUUAAAGACACAUUUGCUGGCAGCCAAAGUCCAUGGUGUUGGCAUUUAUGGCUUCUUUGAUAUCUUUCAAUGGCCACAUGGAAGCAAUUUAACUAUAACAGCUCUUUUUAAUAUUUUAAAUAUGAUGAAAGACUCUCUUCCAGAGGUUCUAUAUCUUCAGAUGGACAAUUGUGGACGAGAAAACAAAAACAGGUAAGUCAUGUCCUUUUUAUACCACUGCAAAAAAAUUGA